AUGUGGAUAGAUAUCUACAAUUCACGCGAUUCCUAUUCAGCCGAAUCGGUAGCAAAGCAGAUUGAAGAGUUCGAUCAGUUGAAGACGUUGGAGUUAAGAGGGAACACAGUCGGUGUUGAAGCUGGUCAGAGACUCGCCCAGGCCCUGGAAAUGCACCCAGAGCUGGAAAGAUGUCUCUGGAGCGACAUGUUCACCGGGCGAUUGAAAUCCGAAAUUCCUCCCAUUUUACGUUCAAUGUGUUCUGCGAUUAUGAACGCCAAUUGCCAUAUAACAGAGUUGGAUUUAUCCGACAACGCGUUUGGGCCGAUUGGAGCAGAAGGCGAGUUUUCCACUGGGAACCUGUCUCGGGUUUGA